AAGAUGGUGGUCAAAACAUAGCCGGCUGGAUAGAUUUUCAGUUGAUUUUCUCCAUAAAUCAAAAUGGCAACGCGAAGUUUAACGGAAGUUUUCAUAUUGAUGCGGAAUAAUGCACUUCAAAGUAGAAAUAUAUUUUCGGAUCAUCUUGCUGAUGACAGGAUGGGGCUUAUGACCAAUGUUAAUCUAGAUCUUGAAUCUGGAUCAGUAAACACAAGAUCUAAUAGACUGCCUCCUGAAUGGGUUGAUGGUGUAGAAGAAAUUCAGUAUGAAAUGACAAGAAUUAAGUUGAAAAUGAAAGAGUUGAGCUCGCUACAUGACAAACACCUGACCCGGCCUGCAUUUGAUGACAGUAUUGACGAGGAACAUUCCAUUGAAAUCAUGACACAAGAAAUUACACAGAUGUUCGCCCAUUGCCAAAGGUUGAUACAGCAGAUAACAGCCCGUAGUAAAAGGGGAACCGAUCAGGAGCGGAAACUUUCACAGAAUAUGCUUGCCUCCCUUGUGAGAACCAUCCAGGAAAUGUCAAAUAACUUCAGAACGAGCCAGUCCACAUACUUGAAAAAGAUGAGGAGUCGUCAGGAGCGGUCCCAGUUCUUUGACAAUGCCAUUGGGUCAGACUCAGGAUUCAUGCAGGAAGAUGAGGUGUAUGCCAGCUAUGACAAGGGUUUCUCACAAGAGCAGGUGAGUCUGGUGGCAGACAACACGACGGCUGUGCAGCAGAGAGACAAGGAGAUCGCAAACAUAGUACGCUCCAUACAGGAUCUCAACGACAUCUUCAAGGACCUCUCCCAGAUGGUGGUAGAUCAGGGUACAAUACUGGACCGAAUAGACUACAACAUAGAGCAUGCAUCAGUGCAGGUAGAGAAAGGCCUACAACAACUGCAGAAGGCUGAAAAGUAUCAGAAAAAGAACAGAAAGAUGUACUUUAUUUUUAUACUCGCGCUGGUGAUAAUUGUACUUAUUGUGAUUCUGAUCGGUGUCAAGAGUUAGCAUUGAAUGAAGUUUUAGGUAAUAUAAAUUUAUGUUAAUUUAUUGAAUGACUGGUUUUAUGAAUGUAAAGGAAGUAUAGUUUCAUCUCUGAAGAGGCAGAUUGUCAUAUAUGACACAUAGUGAUGCCAAUGACACCAUGUUGUAUACAAGAGAUGAUUUAUGAAUGAACAUAUGAGUCGUGUUCUGGGAAAACUGGGCAUAAUGCAUGUGUCUAAAGUGUCAUCCCAGAUUAGCCUGUGCAAUCCGCACAGGCUAAUCAGGGCGACACUUUCCGCUUUUAUGACAUUUGUUAAAAUGGAGUCUCUUCAUAGCAAUAAGCUAGUUUACGCGGCAUUGUGCCCAGUUUUCUCAGAACACAACUCAAAUGUUAUGAUGAAGAUCAGAUGUUUCCAUGUUGAUACGGAUCUUCUUAAUAUUUUGAAAAUCAAAAACUACUUUCUUUUGUAUGAAGUUCUUGCUUCAUCCAAAUCCACAGUACAUAGUCCAUUGUCACUACAUAAUUUACUGUGCGGAAAAAAGGUGGCUACAUUUUGUUUUCAUAAAAACUAGUAUUGGUGAGCCAACUUAGAUCCUCUCAAAUACGACUUUUUUAAUACUUAUAAUCUUUGACUAUGGUUUGGUAAGCAAUGAUCUUUUAUUCAAUUAAUUGAAAUUAUAAAAAACGUCACAGUGAAUGUGACAAUUCAAAACCCCAUAGUCAGUUAAGAGGCAUAGUGUUUUUGAUAUUAAUGUGGGUUCUUACAAUAGGCACCAUGUUUAAUAAUGUGAACUUUAUUUAAGGCAAAAGGAAAUUGAAAGAAAUACUUCAUAACUGUUCUUUCGAAAUAUUUUACUAGAAGGGUUAUAUUGAAAACACUGUUGUACAUUAUUCAUUUUAAUGUUUGUUUAGCUCAUUGUUAGCUAUUGUGAUUGUCUUUUCACUUAUGUGUUUUGUCUUUCAUUCAUUGUAAAGUUUUUAUGCCUGCGUCAUCUACUUAUGCCAGUAGGAUUAUAACGAUUAACCUGUCUGUUAUUGAGUUCAUCUGCGUGUUGUAUAACAUAAAUACUGCCUGCUACAAAGCUCUGGUACUUGCUGGAUGUUAUAUUUUAGCACUCUCAUCACAACCACAUCGACUCACCUCGAUAAAAUUUUGACAUUCACCUUACUUUUGUCUAAUUUUGAUGGUUCAAGUUGUUGGUUGGUUAACUCAAAAUAACGCAUUUUGUCUAACAUCAAUACAGCAUUCUACACCCAUUGAUACUUGCAUGGAUGUUAUAUAUGAACACUAUAAAUACACCUCAUGUUUACCCUGACAUUCAUCUUCUUUAGGACUUAGACCAAUUCAUAAGGUCCAAACCCUUUCCCACUGAGAAGCGAAGUGAAAAUGGCUAUGUGCAAACAGCAUAAAACCAGAAGAGCCUGCGAGUAACUGGCAGUCUGUUCAGGUGCUAUGCUGUUUGUUCCUCAACAGUAUCUUAGGGUUGGAAAUAAAGCCUUUCAAACUUGAAUGUAUUAAGAAAGAACUUAAAUAGAAUUUCAUUUUCUUUUGUUAACCAAAAACUUUGCUUUUAUUCUAACAUCAGUAAUGCUUCCCACAAAGCUUUCAUACUCACAUGGAUGAUUUUUUUUUACACUUUCCAUCCGCCCCCAUCACCUGACCUCAAGUUGACCUUGAGAUUGAUCUUCUUUCAGACUCAUUCCAGAUACUUGGAUAACCCAAAUGACUCAUUUACUGUAACCUCAAAAAGUUUUCUACAAAGCUUUGAUAUGUGCAUGGAUGUUAUGUGAACACUCUCAACUCACCUCAUUUUGACCUUGGAAUUGAGCUACUUUUGGACGUAAAAUAAUUGAGAAGGUCAACAUUCUUUGUGAACCUUUAUUGGCUGUUAAAUUAACAUUAUACAACUUAUUCUAAAAAGCUUUGAUACUUCCAUCAAGCACUCAGCACACUCACAACACUUGACCUCAUUUUGACCUUGACCUUGACCUAAUAAUGGACUAAGAUAUAAACAUAUGGGCCAAUGAAAUGAUACUGAUCAGCUUUUAUUGCACACAGGGUCUUGUACUUUUUGUUAAUACUCUGAAGACAACAUCAUUUGCCCAAUCUUCAUGAAAUUUGCCUAUGAUGGUAGAAUGGAUGAGUUUGAAACUGAGUCAUACGGUGUGCCAAAUAUGGUCAUUAAAAAAAUGCUUGUGAAAAAUCUUAGAGGCCAUACUUGUUUGUGCAAUCAACCUCACACGUUUGGUUGAGUGUCAUAUUGGGCUGUGAGUUUCUUAAGCUUUUUUCACAGAGGCAAAUUAAUGAGAUAGUUUUGGACACAUAAGAUGCAUUUUUUUCGCUUUAGAUGUGUGACCUAUGACAAUAUGAGCCUAUUGUUUAUUAAUUGAUUUUAUUUUGUUUUUAAAAUGUUAUGAUUCAAAUGUUUGUACUUUGUGUGUGUAUUGGCAGUAUUAUAGUUAUUGUCAUCAUACACAUGUUGUAGCACAGAUGUUAAUGUACACAAUGCUGGUCAUUGUUUAUAUUUCUCAUAUACUGUAAAUUUGUCCUUAUUGGUCAAUAUACAAUACAAUGAUAUAUAUAUUGUCCCAUUUAUAAGGACAUGAAUAUAAUUGAUUCAUCUUAUAAUUGUAUGUGAAAUCCAUAAAUCCAUAGAUUUUUGCUUAUGCUUUGUAUUUCAAGGCAAGCAUGUUCGCAAAUAUAUAUUAUAUAAUUGUGAAAGCAUACAACAAAAUAUCAAAUUUAUUAUUUUUGGACAACACACAUAAGCUUGCAAUAUUAAGCUAUUAUUAAAACAAUAUAUAACUGAUAAAUCAUUCCUUUAAGGUUGCUGUUUUGUUUUUGUGUCGAAGAUCUUUUCCAGUUGGCUUCUAAAGUUCUGACAGUAUUUGUAUUUUAACACUUGGUGAGACUGAUAAUGAUAUAGUAGUGCAUAUGUAUAAAACAAAUAAUGACAGAUUGAGUGUGACACCGACUGGUCAUGUGCUGGGCACAUCCCAUGAGUUUUCUGUUUGUGUCAUAAGUCAAUAUAUUAUUGAACUCACUAAUUUUUAGAUCACAUGUGUGAAACCAUAUAUAUCUUUGUAAUUCAGAUGAUCAUUGGUAUGUGUGUGUGUGUGUUUUACUCAUAACUGAGAAUUCUCUGUAAAGGCUUACUGAUUCAGCAUAUUUGUAUGUAUCUGUAUACAUAUAUUGAACUGAUUUUUGGGAUGAGUCAAAAACUUUUCUGAAGGAGAGAGUGAUAUUUUAAAUGUUCAAAAUAUUUCCUUUCAAACUGAUUAAAAUAUUUCCUUCCACCAAAGGGUACGAAUCUGAGUGUUUCCAUUGCCAAAAGAUACAUGUAUAUCUGUUUGAUGACCUACUUAACAAAUGAAUGAAACAUCAUUUUGUGUAAUAAUAUACUAAAAUAAUUAUAUUACAAACUAUUAUAAUUAUAUUUAUUAUUAGCAGUUACUGUAGUAGAAGUAGUUAUUGUAAAAGUAAUAGAAUAAUAAUAAUAAUGAUAAUAAUUAUUAUAAAAUUUAUAUUAUUAUUUUUUAAUUGACUACCCACUCUGAAAUUAAACACUCAUUUUCCUGGGACUUGCUUUUAAAAGUAAUUGACUAGAAUGCUUCAGUGGGCAACGUUCUGCGCAUUUGAAUAUUGAUUAAAGAAACAUAUCCAUAUCAGAACCAGUGAUUUUCACAAUAUAUAGCUUGUUUGAAUGAAGUGGUAAAAAAUAUAAAAUGUGUAAUUACUAUAUAUAUGGUGAAGUAAGUAAUAAUAUGUAUACUAUGUAUUAUGAUGACAAUUAUGUCAUAAUUAAGCAUGUGCUUAUAAGUGCAAUAGUAGGUAAACCUUUUUAGGUAAUCUGUGAUCAAUGUCAAACUCUGUUCUUGCAACCCAUACAAAAAUCUUUUAGUGUCUAAUACAUGUACAUCAUCUGCUAUUUAUUAAAGCGCAUCAUACGAAAUGUGUCGUAUAAUGGAGUCCUCCUGUCAGUUUGUUGGUCAGUCAGUUAGUUUAUAUGUAGUAGAUAUGUUGUUUAUUCUAUGUAAAAAUGCGAGACAUUAUGUUCGUCUGUGGUGAAACUCUUAGCAGAUUAAUGUGCCCUUGAACUAGGCAAAUUUUGACUUAAAUCAUUUGUACACAUGUACUUUGUGUUGAGAAAUCUCAGUUUGCUUUAAACAUGAAUCUUUAUAGAUAUAAACAUGUAUGUAGGAGUAGAAGACGUUAUUUUCGAGUAUGUCGCAAUAUUCUUUUUAGAAGGAUGUACCAAGAACUAAGGCAAAUUUGAGAUACCUACAAAAUUGUACAUGUGUACUGUGUGUCGCGAUCUGGUCUCUCAGUUUUUUGUGUUUCUGCAUCAAACUGUAUGGAAGUGUUGUUUAUACAAAAAAAAUCUAUUUAAAGUUGCAAGACGUUAUUUUUUGUGCAUGUUGCAUCAUUUUUGCAGAGUUAUUUUCCCUUGAACUUAUGUGACUUUUGGAUGCUUAACAUGAUAGUACAUGUGCACUUUGUGUCGCCAACUAGUCUCCUAGUUUUCUGGGUAUCAACGUGACAUUGUAUAGAUGUGUCGUUUACUAUGAAGAAGUGCAAGAGCAAUGCACCCUUGAACCUUCUCAAUUGAUUCAUAAAAUUUCAUGAUUUUUGUUUAUCUUUGUGUGAGAUCAAUGUUAAGUUGCAAAACAAAAUGAUUUUUAGAUUAAUUUUACUUAUAUUAACGUUUUGCACCUUUUUAAAUGAGCAACUGCAACGAGUAUUUCUCAUCUCCAAUUGAUGAUCUAGUUUAAUUCAUAUUAAAUAUCUUGAAGUUGUGAUCUUUUAAUCAACAAAUCUCUUGCUAUCAUAAACCAUAAAUAUACUGCUUAAUGUUGACAUUUUUCAAAAUUGUUGACUGGACAAUGACAUUUUAUCAAGUAUUAAAAAUAUGAUCAGUUUUCAGUGAAACAUUUUUUGUAACAAUACCAGGCAAAAAACCCAGAUCAUGUUAUUUCCAUAACUGCACUGUGAAACAAUUGCACUGUGUUAACACAAGGACUGUUACAUUUAUCUAGACUUUGGACAUAUUCUUGGUUAUCAUCUAUCUGCUAUUCCUUUUAAAUAAGAAUAAAGUGUUACUUUGUAA